AUGAAGAUCAUAUACCUUCUUGGUUUUAGUUGCAUGUUUUACCUGUCAUUAGCAGUUGACAUCGAAAAAGUGGCAGUACUGGAACCACUAGAUGAUGCAGAUAGCAUGCAAACUUAUAUAGUAUUGAUUGAAAGGCCAACCAGCAAUUUCGGUCCACAAUCUGAUCAUGAAGACUUAGAGAGAUGGUACCAGUCAUUUUUGCCCCAAACUAUUGUAAACUCAAACCAGCUCGUGAAGCCACGAAUGAUUUAUGCAUACCACAAUGUGGUCACAGGAUUUGCAGCAAAGCUGACAGCGGAGGAAGUUGAAGAAAUGGAGAAGAAAGAUGGGUUUAUCACAGCUCAUCCAGAACGUAAUCUGCAAUUGCACACAACUCAUAGUCCUAACUUCUUGGGGCUGCAGCAAGGAGUGGGACUUUGGAAAGGGUCUAACUAUGGUGAAGGAGUCAUUAUUGGAGUUUUGGAUACUGGAAUAACACCAGGUCAUCCCUCAUUUAGCGACAAAGGAGUGCCACCUCCUCCAGCUAAAUGGAAAGGCAAGUGUGAUUUCAAUGCCACAUUCUGCAACAACAAGCUUAUUGGUGCCAGAAGUUUCCAGGGUGGGAAAACUACCGGUGCUCCACCAGUUGACAUUAUAGGCCAUGGAACCCACACGUCGAGCACAGCUGCAGGAAACUUUGUGAAAGGCGCCAGCGUGUUUGGAAUGGCAAAUGGAACAGCCUCUGGCAUGGCACCUUAUGCUCACUUGGCAAUGUACCAAGUCUGUAAUGAACAAGGUUGUGAUGAAAGUGACAUUCUAGCUGCUAUGGACACUGCUGUUGAUGAUGGCGUGGAUGUGCUAUCCAUCUCACUUGGUGGUGGCUCAGCUACUUUCUAUUGGGAUUAUAUUGCAAUCGGUUCAUAUGGGGCGAUUCAGAACGGAAUUUUUGUCAGCUGUUCGGCUGGAAAUGAUGGACCUGACUACUCUAGUGUAACAAAUGAGGCCCCAUGGAUUCUGACAGUUGGAGCAAGCUCCAUUGACAGACACAUAAUAGCAACAGCAAAACUUGGAAAUGGGGAAGAGUAUGACGGGGAGUCAGUAUUCCAGCCUAAAGAUUUCGAUUCAAAACUGUAUCCUCUUGUUUAUGCAGGUCCACAUAGCAAAGAUUCAACAGCAUUUUGUGAUGUAGGGUCCCUUACAGAUGUUGAAGGGAAAGUUGUGGUGUGUGAAGUAGGAGGAGAUAUUGCAAGAAUUGCAAAGGGGAUAGAAGUAAAAAGAGCUGGCGGUGUUGCCAUGAUUCUUGUCAACCAAGACUUUGGUGGCUAUACCACCAUAGCAGACGCUCAUGUGCUUCCAGCAACACAUGUGAGUUACGCUGCAGGGGUGAGCAUCAAAACCUAUAUAAACUCAACCUCAACACCUACAGCGACAAUCUUGUUCAAAGGCACUGUCAUUGGUGAUCAGCUUGCUCCAAAAGUCUCUUUCUUUUCAUCAAGAGGACCAAGCAUGGCAACCCCUGGAAUCUUGAAACCUGACAUUAUUGGUCCCGGUGUGAGCAUCCUAGCUGCAUGGCCUUUCUUGGUGGACAAUUCGACACAAUCUAAGGCCACAUUUGACAUUAUUUCCGGUACAUCAAUGUCAUGUCCUCACCUAAGUGGCAUUGCAGCCUUGCUCAAGAGCUCACACCCUGACUGGUCACCAGCUGCUAUCAAGUCUGCCAUAAUGACAACCGCUGAAGUAGACAACCUCGCAGGCUCCCCAAUAGUGGAUGAAACACUUUAUGCAGCAAACCUCUUUGCAAUCGGUGCAGGUCAUGUUAACCCUUCAAAAGCAAAUGACCCUGGGCUCAUCUACGACACACAACCAGAGGACUACAUUCCUUACUUUUGUGGUUUGAACUACACAGACCAACAGAUACAGAUAAUCACACAACAAAAAGUGAAGUGCUCUGAAGUAGGGGCCAUACCAGAAGCACAACUAAAUUAUCCCACAUUUUCUCUCUUUAUAGAUCCUGCUGGGAAGCCUCAGAAUUACACAAGAACAGUGACGAAUGUUGGCCCUGCUAAAUCAACUUAUGAGUUAGCUGUUGUAAGUCCACAUAAGAUGGACAUCCGUGUGCAACCUGAGAAGCUCACAUUCACAGAGGUUGGUCAGAAAAUGACGUACCAUGUUGUGUUUACUGCACAAAAUGGUGCUGGAAAGGAUGGUAUAACAAUGUCUCAGGGAUAUCUAAGCUGGGUCUCUGAUCAGCAUGCUGUUAGAAGCCAAAUAUCAGUGGUCUUUGACACAUAG